AAUAACAUGUAAGGGUGUGUGUGUCUAAGAGAGAAAGAGAGAGAGAAGUGACACAGGAAGUCAAUGAGGUUGUGGUAAACAGACUCUGCAUACCCAGUUGUGUCGACUGAGUGUGAUCACAGCGUGAUGCUUUGUGUUAUAAUGAGAAGACACUUUUGAAACCCCCAGAGAAAGCACCACGUCUCGAAAUCACUUUGUGGACAGCAAAUAAGCAAACACAAAAAACAUGGGUGGGGAGGAAGGAAAACUGCAUCGCAGACUUUCACGAAUAGGAAGCAGAUCACAGAGGGAGCCACCACGACCCCCUCCUCAAACAGACAAGCCCCCAACGGUGGCUCCUCCAAGACCCGCUGAGACUACUCCAAAACCUCCAGAGCAUGCACCAAAACCAGUUGUAAUCCCCCCAAAACCUCCAGUGGUUCAAAAGCCCAGUGCCCCUCCGAGGCCACAAAUACAAGUGUUCAACAGCACGGAGCAUGGCGCUGCCAUACUCAAGGGAUUGGAUCAUUUUCGUGGUGAUGAGACGCUUUGCGAUGUGACUCUGGUACCUGGUGACAGCAGUGAAACUUUCCCGGUUCACAGGGUCAUCAUGGCUUCAGCCAGUGACUACUUCAAGGCCAUGUUCACAGGAGGCAUGAGAGAGCAGGAGCUGAAGGAGAUAAAGCUCCAUGGCGUGAGCACAAUCGGCCUGAAGAAUAUCAUCGAGUUCAUCUACACAUCUCGUCUGAGCCUGAGUCUCGGCACCCUUCAGGACACACUAGAGGCAGCGAGCUUCCUCCAGGUGCUUCCCGUUCUCAGCUUCUGCAACCAGCUACUUAGCAGUGAGAUCACUAUAGAAAACUGUGUGGAAGUGGAGCGCAUUGCCAGAGAUCUUCUUCUGGAAGAUGUCCAGAGACAUGUCCACAUGUUUGUGUGCGAGAACUUCUCCGCAUUGAUGCAGAGUGGCCGCCUGCUGCAGCUGUCCGAGGCGAGCAUGACGUACGCCCUCUCCAGCGACUCUCUGAGGGGUUUCACUGAGAUGGAGCUGUAUCGCAUUGCCCGUGCCUGGCUGUCCCAUAAACCCACCGAGCGUCGUUCUGCUGCUUACUCCCUGAUGCGCCACAUCCGCUUCCCUCUGAUGACCCCUGCUGAGCUCCUCCAGAUCUCUCAGGAGGACCAGAUGGAAGAAGGAGCAACAAGCGGGGAAAAGAAGGAAGUGGAGCCGUUCAUGCGAUCGGACACGGCCUGUGUCAACCUCCUCCUGGAGGCCAGCAACUAUCAGAUGCUUCCCUUCCUCCAGCCGAAACUGCAGACGGAACGGACCCGGAUUCGAUCCGACUGUACUCACCUGGUGGUUCUGGGUGGUGUGAUGAGGCAGCAACUUGUGGUCAGCAAAGAGCUCAAGCUGUACGAUGAGGAAGACGGAGGCACUUGGAGGGCCCUCCAACCUAUGGAGGUGCCACGUUACCAGCACGGAGUGGCUCUUCUAGGGGGGUUUCUUUACAUUGUAGGAGGUCAGAGCACUUAUGACACCAAGGGUAAGACAGCUGUUGACAGCGCGUACAGGUAUGAUCCUCGCUUUGACCGCUGGUUGCAGGUGGCCUCUCUGAAUGAGAAGAGGACGUUCUUCCAUCUGAGCGCUCUGAAGGGGAAGCUCUAUGCUGUUGGAGGGAGAAAUGCCACAGGGGAGAUUGAUUCGGUGGAGUGCUACAACUUGAACAAGAAUGAGUGGACUUUUGUUGCACCGAUGAAUGAACCUCAUUAUGGACACGCUGGCACAGUACAUGGAGAUCUGAUGUAUGUGUCAGGUGGGAUCACAAGAGAUGCUUUCCAGAAAGAGCUGCUGUGUUAUGACCCCGAUAGAGACGUGUGGAGUAGACGAGCAGACAUGAUGGAGCUUCGUGGUCUUCACUGCAUGUGCACCGUGGGCGACCGCCUUUACGUCAUGGGUGGAAACCACUUCCGUGGGACUAAUGACUACGAUGAUGUGCUAAGCUGUGAGUUCUACAGCCCCGCAACUGACCAGUGGACAGUGGUGGCUCCGAUGCCCAGGGGUCAGAGCGAUGUCGGGGUGGCCGUCUUUAAGGAGCGCAUCUACGUGGUGGGUGGUUACUCCUGGAACAGCAGGUGUAUGGUGGAUAUUGUGCAGUGUUAUGACCCUGAGAAGGAUGAGUGGGAGAAGGUCUUCAAUGUCCUGGAGCCUCUCGGAGGAAUACGGGCAUGCACUAUGACAGUUCAUUGCCCAAAAGGUUCAACAGAUGAGGCUGAAAUACAAGAGUGUCCUCUUUCAACAUCCAAAGGCUGAACAGAUGUUUUGAUAUCACUUUCGGCCUUUACAUGUGAGAUACUGAAAUUAGCUUCACAUUGCUAGUGAUGUGUAUUGCAAAAACAGAUUUAAUGUUUUUAUUUCUGUUCAUGCCACUUUAGUAAUGUCUAAGCUGGGGCAAGGGAAAAUAAUCUGCUUGUAAAAAGCUGUUAGUGUACCACUGUGUUUUUAAAUGUGCUUAACUGUGCUUAAAUGCUGUUCUCUUUCAGUGACUGAUGACACGUAUGAUAGCCACAGUGCUUAAUAUUGCAUCUCUAAAUUAUUCUGUUCUACGUUUUAUAUAUGCUUCAAUUACUUUUAUAUGCCUUGCAAAAAUAAACUUUUUUUAAUCAAUUAA